ACUUCCUCUCGGCGGCGUCCGUGGCGAGGCCUACUUCCGCUUCCAACUGCGGUGCGCGCUAGCUUUUCAACCGAGUCGUGAUCAUGGCGGCCACGGCCACGAUGGCGACCUCGGGUUCGGCACGGAAGCGGUUGCUCAAAGAAGAGGACAUGACCAAAGUGGAGUUCGAGACCAGCGAGGAGGUGGAUGUGACCCCCACCUUCGACACCAUGGGGCUCCGGGAGGACCUGCUGCGCGGCAUCUACGCCUACGGUUUUGAAAAGCCAUCAGCAAUCCAGCAGCGAGCUAUCAAGCAGAUCAUUAAAGGGAGAGAUGUCAUUGCACAGUCUCAGUCUGGCACAGGCAAGACGGCCACCUUCAGCAUUUCAGUCCUCCAGUGUUUGGAUAUUCAGGUUCGAGAAACCCAGGCUUUGAUCUUGGCUCCAACAAGAGAGUUAGCUGUACAGAUUCAGAAGGGUCUGCUGGCACUGGGAGACUACAUGAAUGUCCAGUGCCAUGCCUGCAUUGGUGGCACCAAUGUGGGGGAAGACAUCAGGAAGCUGGACUACGGUCAGCAUGUUGUCGCAGGGACACCAGGACGUGUCUUUGAUAUGAUUCGUCGCAGAAGUUUAAGGACACGAGCAAUCAAGAUGUUGGUUUUGGAUGAAGCAGAUGAGAUGUUGAAUAAAGGUUUCAAAGAGCAGAUUUAUGAUGUGUACAGGUACCUGCCCCCAGCCACGCAGGUGGUUCUCAUCAGUGCCACACUGCCCCAUGAGAUCCUGGAGAUGACCAACAAGUUCAUGACCGACCCUAUCCGCAUCUUGGUGAAACGUGAUGAAUUGACCCUGGAAGGCAUCAAACAGUUUUUUGUGGCGGUGGAGAGAGAAGAGUGGAAGUUUGACACGCUCUGUGACCUCUAUGACACCCUGACCAUCACGCAGGCAGUCAUCUUCUGCAACACCAAGAGGAAGGUUGACUGGCUGACAGAGAAAAUGAGAGAAGCCAAUUUCACCGUGUCCUCGAUGCAUGGAGACAUGCCCCAGAAAGAGCGGGAGUCCAUCAUGAAGGAGUUCCGGUCUGGCGCCAGCCGCGUGCUCAUUUCCACAGAUGUCUGGGCCCGGGGGCUGGACGUCCCACAGGUGUCCCUCAUCAUCAACUAUGACCUGCCCAACAACAGAGAGCUGUAUAUACACAGAAUCGGGAGGUCAGGUCGAUAUGGCCGAAAGGGUGUGGCCAUUAACUUUGUGAAGAAUGACGACAUCCGCAUCCUUCGAGAUAUUGAACAGUACUAUUCCACUCAGAUUGAUGAAAUGCCUAUGAACGUUGCUGAUCUGAUCUGAAGAUAGUGCUCCAGCGCUGGAGAUGAGCUUGUGCUCGCCUGUUUUGUACGCUUGUUUGGAAAUACUUAGGGGCAGCUCCUAUUUAAUGGGCGUGUCUGUGAAUCACAGCCCCUCCAGGAAGAGUCCGUGGCAGUUCUGCCACCUUUUCUUAUCCAUGUGUAAAUAAUGCAUUGCUGCCUUUUUUCAUUAAACAUUU